AAGUGCGGGAAUGGGCGACUAGCACAGAUUCACCACGGCAGCUGGCAGGGCCUGGAAAGAUGGGCAGAAGCUCAGGGGCUUCCUGUGGAGAAGGCCGUGAGGCAGUACCACCAGCGAACGUACCGGCCGAGCCAGCUGACUGUGGCCGUAGUAGACCCCCGGCCGCUUUCAGUAAUAGAAUCUGCUGUUGCUCCCGCGCUGCAGUAUUUGUCUCCUGCUGCAGCAGAAGCAGCAGCAGGGACUGGAGCGCUUGCUGCUCUCGCUGCUGCUGCUGCUGCUGCUGCAGUGGCUCCUCGCGAGGACGACGCCGCCGCCGCAGCAGCAGCAGCAGAGCCCCCCAGCAGCUGCCCCACGCCAGCAGUUCAUCUUCUGGAAUGUGCUUCCGACCAGCAAAACUUAAUUGCUUUUUUUUGCUUCUUCCUGCCGCCCGCAGCCCCAGCAGCAGCAGCAGGAGCAGCAGCAGCAGCAGACGUGGCCGCCGUGCUGCGGGCCCGCAGACUUCUCGUUGAAAUGCUUGCUGCUCCUGGAGGAGACAGUCUUUUGGGGAGACUUGUGAAAACUGGAAAAGCUGUUCGAGCAGCAGUGCAUUUGCCUGUCUCCAGCGACGCGGGGGGCCUCCUCCAG